CUGGGUGGUGGGGGUGGAGGAAGUGGAUGGGGCUUUAUAUUAAAGACAAACAGCCAAAAUCCACAGUUGAAGACAGAAGAGCAGCAGCUAGAAGACAGAGAAGCACUGGACGAGUCGCCAUGGGGCCCCUGUUCGUACCCCUGCUGCUUGUCCAGACAGCGCUCUGCUCGCAGCACUCGGUGACAAUAACACCCGGGAACACCAUGGUCCACUUGGGUCAAGUGCUCAACCUGACCUGCGCGUCGACCUGUCCGCAAGGCGAAAUCGGGUGGAAGAUCCUGGAUGACAUCGACGCAGAAAUUUUCAGCGGGAAUCAGUCCAGCGUCUUGCACAUCUCCUCAGCCAACCUCGGGCACAACGGGAACUUCGAGUGCUUCUCGAACUGCGGCAAAAAAAUGAAGAAAAACCGCGUUCACGUCACCGUCAUAUCUUUCCCAAAGGCGACCAUCUCCCUGGAGCCGGAGGAGCCCGAGUUCGGCCAGCCCUUCAGGGUGACCUGCUCCAUGGACGGCGUCCACCCUCCAGACAGGUUGACGUUGGUUCUGCUGGACGGUGACAGGUCUUUGACAGCAGUUCCAUGGCUGCACAUCAACCCCGACAGCUCUCAGAACUACACGCUGUCCGUGGAGCAGGAGCGCGGGACGCAGGACGCCGAGUACACGUGUGAAGCGACGCUAAUGCUCGCCAACGGUUCUGUUCUAAGACAAACUGCCAAGAGACACGUUCACUUUCGAGAGUCUCCAGAGACCGCUGAGACUUCCGCCGUCACCACAUCAGUCUUGCGCUUGGUGGCAUUAGGGACACGAGAGCCCAGGACAGCUAGUGCCGCAGGGCACAGACACAAAGGGGCUGAAGGUGAGAGCCGGUCAGAAACAGAAGACCCCCCUGGAGAGCCCCCCGGAGAGCCCCCCCACGAAAGCGGUGACACGAGCCCUACAGGAAGCAGCACGCUGCCGAGCGUCGACCUGAGCACACUGGUGCCGAGGAGCGCCGCGGCGGAGCUCUACGACUCCACACCGCUGGACGAGGACGAUAGGAGCGCUGAAAGCAGCACGACUCUCGACGUCCUGCAUCGAGGCUCAAGCUCCCCCUUGCCGGCAUUAAUGGUCCCCCUGGGGGCGUGCGUGGCCUGCGUGGCUGCCCUCGCGUUCCUGGCCUUCCUGCUCUUCUGCAUCUGUCGACAAAAACGAAAGGCACUGCCUGCGCCGCCACAAGGGCUCGCACCUGCGGCCAGGAGCCACCUCACGCACCCGUGACCUCCGCCGAUGGGCCGGCCCCUGCAGAGUGCCGCGGGGGACCCCUGCGAAGAGCGUCACGCGCCAAGGGUUGCAGGGCUGAACACGGCACUCGAAGCUCGUUUUUAACACCUUAUCAUCGCAUUUUGAGAAACGCUGCAGUUCUCCCGCAACAUUUAACUCACU